AUGCUCGAAUCGACGCUCGGAUGUGGUUCCGCUUUACAGGCUAUCGGUGCCACUAACAUACCUCGGACAGCAACGAUAGACACUCCGAUUACGAGGCACGAGCUUGUUUCCUCGUAUAGCCGUGCGAUAUUGCAGAACCGGCCAGUAAACAUCAGCGACGUGCAAUCCUGCUAUGUCGAAAAGGCACCAGUCGUGUUGGAGCAUUUUCCACCGGUUUCGCGGUUUAGUUGCAACGUGAGCGUCUACGGUGAGAAUCAUGCCCUUCAGUUCGGCGCAGACAUGGUUUUGCAGAGUAACAAGCGCACGGCGUUCGAGAAGGGCGGCGUACCGGUAUUUCAGCCCGUCGCCACACCGGCCACCGCCGCCGCCACGGUCGGUACCGCUCUGCAUUAUCCGCAGUUGGCCGCUAUACCCGGUUUGCAAGCGUCGUACGUUCCUGUCACGUUCCCCGUCGCUACGUUGCUUGCACGCGUUGGCGUUGACGCUGGCAUGCCGUCGCCGCUAACCCAUUCUGCACCCGCACCUGCACCCGCGCCUUCCAACGCCCUCUCCGUAGCCUAUUAUGGUGAACGCGGACAGAAGCGCGACGACGACCACGACCGCCAUUGGCCCGUGAUUCAUCGCACCUACCGUCUCCACCUUCCUUCCUGUUACUGUACUCACACUCUGGCUAGGUCACUGAGCUGCUGUCGAAUCGAGUACUGUCAGUUGCUGUACCCUCAACGAACACCUGGCUUCUUUCGCAGUUUUGCGCUUCUGCCCUUCUCUUCCUCCUUUUCCUCUGGUGCACUCACAUCUAGUUGUGUCGGUUCGUCCGUCCGCCGUUAA